AUGCGGACAAUUACAGUUGCUCGUGAGCGAUUGUCUUCCUACAGUCUUUAUUCUCGACCGUUAGGAUCCGAACAAUGCCUUACUAACCGCCCAAGGCUCCUGAGGCUUGGUCGCACUGGUCUUAGACAAAUCUCGUCUGCAAGUCAGUCAUCUCAAUUGCUCGUGUGUCAAUUUGAUGGCUCUCGUUCCCACCCAAAAUACUUUCGACGACACCUUCUCCUUCAUGAGUUUACUACCACAGGCCGAUUAUGGAACUCAUCCCCAGAGUCAAUCGAGACGACACGCAAGGCAGACAACGUGAUUCUUCCGUCCUGGAAUUCGCCAGGAGAAGAGGCAGAAUACGCAGCCAAGUUCUUUCAGGUGCUUCAAGAUGGUCAGCCGGACCAGAUGAUGACAGCCAUGACUGAUCCACGGUCGGCGGGUCUGGUCGGAAGUUUACCCCAGGCCAUGUUCAUCGAGGCGUUCAACCAACUGUCUCCCGCCCAUUUUGUGGAGCCGUUCCGCGACCUCCACCAUCCACUACACACCUGGUCCACUCUAUUGAAUGGUUUAAAACGGGUCGAAGAGAUCUUUGAUGAUUUUGUCAGAAAACUCUUGACAAUCACUCAUUAUCGAAUUGCUGGAGAAAACCUGCUUGGCCUCGCGGAAUACACACACCUCUUGGACUGCGCCCGCUCCAUGGGGAAUGGACCACUUGCGGAUGAUAUUUGGAAGUCCAUGGAGGAAGUGGGUGUUAGUCCGGACGUACAGUGCUACAAUCACUACAUGGAAGCGCUCGUCUGGGACCACUGUUAUACUGGCCAGGAGGCUUUCAGGCUGCGCAUUCUUCCCCGCCACUAUUACAAACGGCGCAUGGAGAGUCGUGGUGUCGGAUGGCAGGGCUAUGGCACGGGUGGACUGAGCGUAAGAAAGAGAGUGAUGAACUUAUUCAGCGAAAUGCUCGAAAGUGGGCAUACUGCCGACGAGCGCAGCUACAUUAACCUCAUGCUUGCAAGUGCUCGUGUUGGUCACGGCCCGGGCUUUAGACAAAUUUUGACCCAGAUUUGGAAUCUCCAAGUCAAGCUUAUCAAGCGCGAGGAUCAUUCGGAAGUACGAAUGCCGCCAACGCGGUAUGAGCCAUGGUCUGCUCUGCACCCGACCGAGAAUCUCCUCUUCGCAAUUGCCCAUGUCUUUGGCACCAACAAUGAUAUUCCUGGCGCUGUUCAGACGAUACAAUUUAUCGCCGAAAAAUACGACAUUCCCAUUACACCACGAGUCUGGCACGAAUUAUUCGAGCGAGCAUACGUGUUGAGCCGAGUCAGAACCACUAAGACGACGCAAGAGCAGCAAGCCAACGAUAUAGGACGAGUAUCGAUGCAGGUGGUACAAUCAAUAUUCAAUACAAUGACUUCCGAGCCCUACAACGUCAAGCCAACUGUCCAGACACACCGCUUCAUGAUCAAUAUCGCCAUUGACAAAGGUAACCUAAAAGCAUGCAAAGUCCACUUGGCUGCCGCCUACAACAUCUUGAGCGAAACCCGACGUAAACAACGCCAAGCACGCACCGUCGUGAUGAGAUGUCUCAACCCAGUUCUCGACGCUGCCAAAAAACAACGACAAAGGGGACUCCCCAUCGACCAAAACCUUUUCCAAUCACCAAUCCUCGCCGACGCAAUACAUGCCUACGACCUCCUCCGUCUCGAGGUCUACCAACAGGCAUACCUCAUCCGCCGCGCAGUAUGGCUCAUCGCCCGCGUGUCUCAGUGGAAAGACACACCCGACGAUAAAUGGUUCUACCAAGAGCGGCCCAAGAUCAUGGAAGAAUGGCGAGACUUCCUACCGAAUCGGAAACGAAUCUUCUACGACGAAACUUCCGGCUUCAUGGAUAUGAAAGGGUCCACGGGGUUCAAAGACCGACACUGGCAUGACGAAUCGCAUACUCCCAUCCGCCGAAUGACAGACCAUGAGGUUUUGUUCAAGCGCACUGAGCCAUUUGCAUUUUCUGAGGCCACGGAGUGGCGUGGCAUCCUCAAAAGGUUUUCUGGGGUGGAUACGACUCGCGCACCGCUGAAUCGCCUGUUUGAAUUUGAGCGGCCGAGUUCUCCCAAAUUAAAAGCUAUGCUGAAGGAAUUGCGAGAAAAUUGGGUGGAGUAUCCCGAAGAUCAUCAGCUUUCUCCGAAGAAGAACCCGAACGCUGGGUUUUAUGGAAAGCUUGCUGCGUUGGGGUUGUUGAAAUCGAAGGAACGCGGCAUCUUUCUCUUGGAUGAUAACUCCUGGGUUUGA